AUGGCUGAGUUGAAAACUCUAAAUAAAACGCGCGGCACUCUAAAAUCACGCGUAACUGUAUUUAAAAGAUUUUUAGAAAAUACUAGAAGCAAUAACCCUGACGAAGCUCAGGCGUUAGACGACGAUACUCAAGAGCAAGUAAGGGAAAGAGUAUCCAAAAUAAAAGGGGUGCUCAACGAAUUUGAAAAGGUUCAGGCUGCCAUCGAGUCACUUUCCGACGACGCUGAAGCUAAUCUACUAGAAAGAGAAUCAUUUGAAACAGAUUACUAUGAGGUUACUACAGGUGCUAACCAAUUGUUGCGUCGGGGAGUAGCACAGGUACAAGGUAGAAAUCAACUUGAGGUAGGUCAGAAAGUAAGCGGACAAACCGACCAAGCCGGGCCGAGUCCUUUCAGUACACGAACCGAGCCGAUUCUCUCGCCUCUUUUUCAAUCGAUCACAAGCAAUCCGACGGGUGUUCGAUUACCAGUGAUAGAACUGCCCAAAUUCAAGGGGGAACUAUCAGAAUGGUUAAAAUUUCGGGACACAUACAAAUCGCUAAUUCACGACAACCCAAACAUAACUAGUGUGCAAAAAUUUCAUUACUUGCAAGCUUCAUUGGAAGGAGGGGCGUUCGAAACUAUAAACGAAUACGAAUUCUCAGAAAACAAUUACGAGGAAGCAUGGCGUUCCCUUCACGAUAGGUACGAUAAUCCUAAAUUGCUAAUUCAAAAUCAUAUCGAUUCAAUUUUCAAAAUAAAGGGCUUGGUCGGUGAAUCUGCGGAGCAAUUAUUAGAAUUGUUAGAUAGCGUCACUAAGCAUACGCGUGCGUUAAAAAAGCUAAAUGAGCCCAUCGAGCAUUGGGACUCUUUGUUAAUCUAUAUAAUCGUAUCAAAGUUAGAUUCCGUUUCCGCAAGGGAGUGGGAAAAGAAAAAAGCGUUAGUGCCGGAAAAGGCAAAAUUAAGCGAUCUAACCAAAUGUCUGCGAGCGCGAGCGUUAUUGCUGCAAACCUUGCGAGCGAAAGAUGAUAAGGAAGCAAAUAAACACAAGUUUAAACGCGGUCAACAAGAAAAAACCAAAACUUUCCACGCGGGGAAGGUAACUUGCGCGCUUUGCAAGGAGGGACAUCACAUUCAGGGAUGUGAGUCAUUUCUGAAGCUAGAUACCCAACAUAGACUUGAGAAAUUAAAAGCCCUCAAACUUUGUACAAAUUGUCUCAGACCCGGUCACUUUGCGAAAACUUGUAAUUUCGGCUCGUGCAAGUUAUGUAGCGCGAAGCAUAACACGCUUCUUCACUUCGAAAGAGGAAAAGCCAAUACGGACAAAAACGCUGCACAAGAAGCGUCGAUCGUCGCGUCCACAAUGUGUUCAACGGGUUUCAAUAAACCCCGAGUGCUUGGUCAACUUGGCCCGGGCGUUGAUGGACAAUGCGAAGUGGAAAUCUCGUCGAAACACAGCGGCUACCGAUUCAAGGUACAUUGUCUAAUCGUGGCUCAAAUCACAGAAGAUCUAAUGCCAAGCUCGGCGUUCAGUCUGGAGUCUAUGGGAAUCCCCCCGCAUCUCAAGUUGGCAGAUCCCUCUUUCAAUACUCCUGGGAGGAUUGAUUUGCUCGUCGGGGCCGAAUGGUUCUGGGAUCUCUUGUGUGUGGGCCAGAAGAAACUUGAAAAUAAUUUGGUCAUGCAAAAAACUAAGCUAGGCUGGGUCGUGGGAGGACCAAUGGCCGCUCCAGCGCCACAACGCGUGGAAUGUUAUUUAUCAAAAGUAGCUAGCAUAGAAAAACAAUUAAUUAGAUUCUGGGAGCUUGAAGAACCGUCGAAGGAAGGGGCCUUAUCAAGGGAAGAAGAGGCGUGCGAAGCGCAUUUCAAAAGAAAUACAAAACGCGACAAAAGCGGAAGGUUCAUCGUUAAACUACCAUUCAAACAAGAGCCGUCUACGUUAGGAGACUCUAGAAAACGAGCGGAGAAGCGGUUUUUGACACUCGAAAGAAAGCUGCUGCAUAACAAAGCCUUGCAAGAAGAAUACUCUGCCUUUCUGAAGGAAUAUGAAGAGCUGGGCCACAUGCGAAGAAUAUCGGACAAUGAAGAACCGCCGCAUUCAUAUUACCUGCCUCACCAUUGCGUGAUUCGAUCUGACAGCGAGACAACCAAGCUCAGGGUGGUGUUUGACGCUUCUGCCGCGACAACAAAUGGUGUGUCGUUGAACGACUUACAAAUGACUGGCCCUGUCAUACAAAGUGACUUAUUUUCGAUUUUAGUAAGGUUCCGAAAGCACACUUACGUGAUAUCAGCAGAUAUAGCCAAGAUGUACCGCCAGGUAUUAGUGAUUCCUGAGCAAAGACCGCUACAAAGAAUAUUAUGGCGCGAACAGCCGGAGCAACCAAUCGAAACAUUCGAGCUGAACACCGUGACUUACGGUACAACGGCAGCGUCCUUUUUAGCAAUUAGAUGUUUGAAGCAACUUGCAAUCGAAUGCGAGCAGAGCAACCCCAACAUUGCAAAAAUCAUCAAAGAAGAUUUUUACGUCGACGAUCUGUUGACUGGCGGGGAGACUCUCGAGGAGGUAGUCUCCAUCGCUCGAGGAGUAAGUGACGUUCUAGCCGGUGGAUGUUUUGAACUUCGCAAGUGGAAGGCGAACAAUCACGAAUUUCGCGCAAUAUCAAAGGGUGCGAAUAAACCACUAGCUGAAGUACAACUACACAAAGACGGCAACAAGCGAACAUUGGGUUUGGUUUGGCGCGUGGAAAAUGACAUUUUGACGUACAGCGUGGACCUGCCGAGGAACAAUCAAGUUACGAAACGCAGCAUACUUUCAGUGACAUCAAUGAUUUUUGACCCUUUAGGUCUUCUAUCACCUUGUACUAUAAUGGCAAAAAUUCUAAUUCAAAAACUAUGGCUAGAGAAAUUAUCGUGGGACGAAAGUUUGCCAUCGAGUCUGCACUUUCAGUGGACGCAAUAUUACAAUCAACUCAAGUUGCUUAAUAAUUUCAGAAUUCCAAGACAAGCUAUGGCGCCAAACGCGGCAAAGGUACAGAUACACGGAUUUGCGGACGCUUCAAAAAAUGCGUAUGGAGCAUGUGUAUACGUUCUAGUGGUGGACGUCGAAUCAAAAAUUCACACUAACUUAUUGUGCGCAAAAACGAAGAUCGCGCCGUUGAAGACUCAAACAAUUCCUCGCCUGGAGCUCUGCGCUGCGUUGGUGCUCGCCAAGCUGAUCUCAACGGUCGAGGGCGCUCUUGAAUUUUGGAUUGGUUACGCUCAGCCGAGCCGCCUGCCAGUUUUUGAAUCUAAUCGUGUGGCUCGAAUACAAGAAUUGAGCAAGGACAGAGUAUGGCGUCACGUACCUACGGAGCAAAAUCCAGCCGAUUUACUCUCCCGCGGAACUCAGCCGCAGGAGCUACUAAAUGCGACGCUUUGGUGGAAAGGGCCUGCCUUUUUGAUGAGCGGCUCUCACUCUUGGCCUAAGCGAUUGGCCCACAAGAUAGACUCUACGCCUGUCGAGUUUACGUUUACAGCAACGAGUUCACCGACCAACAUUAUCGAAGAGCUCCUUUUACGAUAUUCUAGUCUCUCGAAAGCAACACGUAUUCUCGCCUAUUGCAUUCAAUUUAUCAGCAAGCUAAAACCAGGAGGAAAAGAAAACGACGUAUCAGUCAUUCAGCAACGCAGAUCGGCGAUAACGCUGAUGAUAAAGCACGUGCAGAGCUCAAGUUUUCGCAAAGAAAUAUCCAUGCUUAAUCAAGGAAAGUUCAAAUAUGACAAGAAGCACCCAGUCCUCCUGCCAGGAGGUCACAUAUUCACAAAACGUCUGUUUUCCGAAGAGCAUAUCCUGUGGUUACACGCUAGUCCUCAAUUACUUUUAGCGUCUAUUCGUGAACGAUUUUGGCCCCUAAGGGGAAGAAAUUUAGCUCGCAAAACGGUCAAAUCAUGUACACGUUGUUUUAGAGUUAAUCCAAAGGCAAUGCAGCCACUCAUGGGUCAUCUCCCUCGAGAUAGAGUGACAGCUGCAUUUCCUUUUGAAACUACGGGAAUCGAUUACGCGGGUCCUUUCCAAAUUAAGGAUCGUAAAGGAAGAGGUUGUAAGGUAUCAAAAUGCUACAUAUGUCUGUUCGUAUGCUUUGCCACUAAGGCUAUGCACCUCGAGUUGGUGUCGGACUUAACAGCGGAAGCAUUCGUAGCAACUCUGAGACGUUUCGUGUCGCGUAGGGGAAAACCGUCGCGAAUUUAUUCAGACAACGGAAAAAACUUCGUAGGCGGAAACAAUGCUCUCAAAGAGCUUGGUAAGUUUUUGAUCGAAGAAGCAAAGGUCAUAAGUGAAUUGAUGGCAGACUAUGAAAUCGAAUGGAAUUUUAUCCCAGCAUACUCGCCUCAUUUCGGUGGCCUAUGGGAGGCAGGGGUAAAAUCCGUAAAGCAUCAUUUAAAAAGAGUCGCGGCCAACGCAUUGUUAACUUUCGAGGAAUUUUACACCUUGCUCGUACAAGUAGAGGCCGUUCUAAAUUCCCGCCCAUUAACUCCACUGUCAUCCAAUCCUGACGACCUCUCUCCAUUGACCCCCGCUCAUUUUCUUAUUGGUCGGCAAUUCAACUCCGUUGUCGACCCAAGUUUGCAGCAUAUAAAGGAGUCUCGACUCUCUAUUUGGCAAAGAGUGCAGCAGAUUGAGCAAAAUCUGUGGGAGCGAUGGAACAAGGAGUGUAUAUCAGAAAUGCAGCAGAGAACCAAGUGGCGAUCUCCAUUUCCCACUCUGCCACGAGGCACACUCGUUCUAAUCAAAGAAGACAACCUUCCACCAGCCAAGUGGAGAUUAGGAAGAAUCGAGGAUACGCAUGCUGGCAGCGAUGGCAUAGCUCGAGUUGCGUCUAUACGCACCUCUUCGGGCAUUGUUCGACGCGCAUUUGCGAAAUUGUGUCCAUUACCUUUAGAUGAGGAGAAGACUGUAUAA